CCCGUAGCAACGGGACCUGUUGUCGUCGGUGCGUGCUCGAGAAGAAACAUGGCGGAACAGAGCGGAAUGGAGCGACUCGAUAUCGGCGCCCUGAGCCCGGAACAGCAGGAGAAGCUUCGGCAGUUUAAGAUCAAAACGAGAAUCGAAAACGAGAAGUAUUUACGAUCACAUCCAGAGGUGGAUCUCUUGUUGAGCGAUUUCUUAAGAGAAGUGUUCUUAAAGAGACCUGAGGACAUCCGAGAGUUUGCAGCAGAUCAUUUCACAGACUCUGGCCUGCCUGAAAGAAUCCAGCUGAGGCUGGAGAGUUGCUCGGAGUAGCAGGAGCAGGAAUCGGGAAUUUGUUUUCUAUUAAAUAGCGUUUAGACAGUCACACACAGCUUGUUAGUGGUUGUUUCUCAGUUGCAGUCCUUGGAUUGGCCAUGUGGCCGGUGAUCGGUGGUGACUUUAAGGAACUCUCGAGAGUGAUGAAAACAGCCAAGUUCUUCUUCACCUAUGCUUCUCUAGUCGCCCUCCGUGAUGUCACUUCCUGAAAGCGUGACUCCUCUGUCAUGUGACUUCCUGCAAAACUACAACUACAACUACCACAGUCCCUGCCUUUCUGCAGCCCUCCUCCACCUGUGCCACUUCCCCCCUGUUAACUCCCCUCUCUCCAAGGGCCUCCUGAUUUCCUCAUCCUCUGUCAAGUCUUGGCCAAGCGGGUUGAGACAGUGUGCCUUACUUCUUAUGCCUGUAAACACUCCUAAACGCGUUUUUAUUGGGUGUUGUCGUUCUUCCCAAAGUGUAUUCAGUGCUAGUUCCUGACUUUCCUGGGACAAAACAGUCGUUAGCUUUGGGAUAGAUUUAUUGGGUCUGAUUUAUUCAGGUUUUAUAGUUAAAUUUUAAUAACAUGGCCGAUGUGCUUUGAUAAGGACUGGUCUCCUUUCCAGGCCUUCAAUACUGCUACAGGCUCUGGUUUGCCGAGAUCCUCCUCUCCAGUAGUGGAUGGGUGGUGUUAAUGACAAAAGAAAUAAAGGUUUCCAAAAACUA